AAAGAGUUGCUCAGUACGUAGAUAAGAUUUAUUGUAACUUUUGACUUUUGCUGUUUUGAGCUCAAACUAACUCUUGUUAUAGUCUAUGGUGAAGGUUGUCCUGUUCUCCUCUCACCCUCAACCUUAUCUUACCUUUUCAUAGUUCUGUUGACUUUGUUCGUUGCUUAUUUAAUCAAACAAACAUGGUUUCAUCGGUAUUCCCACCCACUAACCCAAUCAAAAGUUUAAAAUUUUCAAUUGCCAACAUUUUAUCACCUGAAUUUUGUAAAUCGACAUUGCUAAAUGAAAUAAAGACAACAACCAACGUCAUCAAUGUGAACAAUGGAAGCAAAAAACGGAGACACACCGAAAGUGAAAGCUCUGAAAGUGAAACAUGUGCAAGGAAAAAAGUUUCCUGUGAAAUAUCUGAUAGCGAAUCUUCAAAUAGCUCAUCAUUAAACACCCAAGAAGGAAACAGUUCAUCUCUACUAUCAUCACCCAACUCAUCCUUGCCCGCUUGGGUUUACUGUACUCGAUACUCGGAUAGACCGUCUUCAGGUCCUAGAUCGAGAAAGCUAAGAAAAAAGGAGAAAAAGUCUGAUGAGAAAAGGCCUCGAACUGACUUUACCGCUGAACAAUUGCAACGAUUGAAACAAGAGUUUCAAGAUAAUAGAUAUUUAACCGAGAAACGUCGUCAAGAUUUGGCUCGAGAUUUAAAGUUGAACGAGUCACAGAUUAAGAUUUGGUUCCAAAAUAAGCGGGCAAAGAUUAAGAAGGCCGGUGGUCAACGGAAUCCAUUGGCUUACCAUUCAAUGGCUCAAGGGUUGUAUAAUCAUUCCACUGUACCAAAGCAAGUUGACGAAAUCGAUGGUGAUGAUAUUGAUUAUGAAAAGCUAAGAAAUUAACCAAAUUUACCUUAAUUCAAGUCUCAACAUCUCAUCAUUGAUUUCCCGAUCAACUUCUCAAAUCAUUAUUCUUUAUUUUUAAUUUAUUAUUACAAUUCAUGACGAUUAGUUCAUCAUCACUUCAGUAAAUGUUAACUUAUGUGAUUUACAAUCUUCAGUGGAAAUUGAUUGGAAAAAUUAGUGAUAACCCUUUUUACAUACUCUGCAUAACUCUUUAUUCAGCAAUGCAUCAGAAUAAAAAGUAAUUAACAAUCAACGAAAUAAUCUUGUGUUCUGAAUAAAGAUGCUCUUUAACGCGAGAGUUUUUGUCUUAUUAAAGUGAGUUUUGGUCAUUUGAA